AUGAUGCAUAAUGCGUGCAACAUGUGCAAUGUAAUGUUUCGCUGCUUGUUUUAUACCAUCUCAUUCUGGAUGUUGGCUGGGAUAAAUGAAGUAAUAACUUUUGAGAUACCGUGUAACCUGUCAUCUUCUACACUGCAAAUCGUGGAACAAUGUCCCACAAACGAGAAAAGUUACAAAGAAGCAGAAUCCAGGAAGGACUGCGCAUCAAUUAGCAACACCUGUAAGAGCUUUCAUUAUCAUUGUGUAAUGAGUGCUUGGAGAAACGCUACUGUAGAAGUGUGUGCUCCAGCGCUAUACAUCAUAGGUGGAGUAUGUGCUGAAUACUCCGAGUACUUUAUGUCCAUCAGGAGCUCGGAGAGGUCUUGUCAAAAUUUUUCGGAGCCAUGUUCAAGUAGAUAUAAAUCAACAGAACAGUAUAAGUAUCCUGGAUGUUACGACAUAGAUAAAAAAGCUAAUACUACUAUACUUACCUCAACAACAGAUCUGUCCCAGUCCUUCAACGAAUCUGAUGCCCCACUACAGAACAUACAAGGGUGA